UCCAAUCCUCUCGCCAAGCACGAGAAUGAUAAUCCGCAGAAACCUCAACUCAACCCGGCACAGUCCUCGCCUCACCCGUCAAAUGCGGGCUCGAGUUCAACCUUCAUGAAAGCGACCAACAGGCGGCGCACCAAAUGUUUCUCGGGCUGCUGGACCUGCCGGUCGCGUCGUGUGAAGUGCGAUGAAACAACCCCAUUAUGCCAGCGCUGUCGUCAGGUCGGCGUCCAAUGCGAAGGCUAUGGCAUCCGCUUGAAUUGGGUACACUACCGUCCUACGCCCAGUUCGGACGGGACAAGCCACGAUGGUCAUGACGGUGAUCAGGAGGAUGAUGGCCAGGCCCCGGGCACCAGGGCGUGCAGACGCUCCCUGACAUACCUCGGGGUGUCAUCUGUUCCGCGCCUGUCGUCUCCAGAGCUUGAUGUCACGUUGAGGCAGAUUGAUGCAUGGUCUCCUGUUGGAGAGUCUCCAGGACUAGAACAGGGGGGCUUCUCCGUCUUUCCAGCUGCGCCGGAUGGGCGCCUGGUGCUGGAUCUAGGGACUCCUUCGCCUACUCCUUCUGACUACCGCGUGUCGGGAGAGCUGUCGGCGACAGAGACGGUAAACCAGACCGACGACCUUCGCAGGGAGUCGCCACUAUCGCCCGCCGCUUCUAGCGCUGGCCCUGGGAGGCAGGAGCAGUACGUUUGCCCUGACGCUGUGCCCGUAGCUCAGACCCUUUUAAGUCUCGGGUGGGAACGCGACCAUGUUCCGCGACCUGAGUCGCCAGUCGUUGGCCAAAUCCAGUCCCCGCUUCGUCAACAGUACGGACAUUCCCCGCCGCGCCAUCUGGAUGUCCUGUCCAUGCCGGCCAGCCAAAAGAGGCUUAUGCACCACUGGGUUACCUUCACCAGUAGCAAAAUCGUCCUUCUCGAUGAGCCUCACAAUCCCUGCCGUACUAUGAUGCUCCCUAUGGCGCUGAAGGGCCUCAUGUCUAGCUCGGAAGACUCCAACGCCGACGUCGCCAUCUUCCACGCGAUCUGCGCGUCGGCUGCCUUCAAUUUGUUCGAGCUUGAUGGCAGGGCAAACGAGCAGGAUCGCGCUCUGGCCCUCAACCACGAACAGCAGGCCAUCCGUCACCUUCGGCACAACCUGGCCCGAGCCGACGAGCAUCGAGACCAGUCGUUUGCGAUGGCCAUCAUGGCCUGCAUCGCGGUUGAGGCCAUCUCUGGUACAACCCAACGAUGGCGGACACACGUCCAGGGCGGCCUGGCAUACCUUGCGAAACUGCACUCGUGCGGCGUGGAGGAGGUUGUUCUGUCCGGCUUUCGGAGACAUAUGGUAUCGAUGGCCAUCCUGUGCGACUUUCCCGUCCGGGACGACCUCAAGUCCUUUCUCAACGACGACGAGCGUUUUGUCGAGGGGCUCGAAUUCACAUUCCCGUAUUAUGGCGUAUCGAGGUCCUUCUUGCGGGAACACGAUCGCAUGAACGCGUUUGCAGCUACUAUCGCUACCUCAACGGUCAGGACACCUACACUGGAGAAGGAGCUCGACGCUUUCGAGCUGCAGCUGUAUCUCAAUUUCCCGGGUCUCCCACCCCAAGACCUGGUAUCUUCAUCGAGCAAGGCCCAUGGGCUCGUCCUUCACCACAUAGCCAAGGUGUUCUACUACGCCGGUCUCGUCUUCUUCCAGCGUAGCAUACGCCACGCAGCGGUAGCCACGGUGCAGACUCUCGUCGAGCUCGGCGUACACGAGCUGGAAUCAAUCGAGCGAGUCGGCAAGGGCGAGCUGGGCUGCAUGAUGCUCUGGCCGGUGCUGGUUCUGGGGGCGGAGUGCGGCUCAUCGGGUGUACAGCAGCGGAUGCGGGCUUGGUUCCGAGAUCAGCGGAAGCUCGGCUUCAGGAACCUGGUGGUGCUGGAAGAGUUGGUCGACGCGGUGUGGAGGGCGAGGGCCGAUUCUGCUGCCGACGGGAGGAACGUGGAUUGGCGGGAUCUCAUCGUGCUGGCACGAUUUGAUGUUUUUAGGCUUUGAGCGACUACUUAGGACCUCUUUUAUCUUAAAUAUUGUGUUGAGAAAUCCCGUUCCCGCCUUGUACAACAAGUCUUCAGGCCUUGGCACCUACUCCUAGAUUCCAGUUGAUGUACAUACUUAGUGCUCUAUAGC